AUGCAGCAGCAACAGAUACAGUUGCAGCACCAAAUGCAACAACAACAAGAGCAGAUACACAGCCAACAGCUGCACAACCAGCAGCAACAUAACCAGCAGUCGCAGCAGCUCGUUCUUAGGGACGACAAAGUUAUAAGUCACUUUCGUCAUUUGAAGCCAUUCAGCGGGUCAAAGGGUGACAAUUUACUCGCCCUCAUCAACGCCGUCGAAAGAGGUUUUUACUUAUGCAACAACAAGUCCCAUAUGGAGGAGUUCGUUACACAAAUCGUUGUAAACGAAAAAUUAAUCGGCGAAGCAAGAAGAUGCAUCCAACAACUGGCGUACAACAGCAACUGGACGGAGGUAAAGCAGCGUUCAAAACAGAGGCACCAACCGGAGGAAAGCUACUCGCAAAUCUUCAAUCGAUGCAUAUUAAGGUUAGUAAUUUAA